GAAGCAUGGACGAUUACUGUAUUCCCAUUUCAAGAAGAAGGGUUCCUCCAUAAUCAUAAUAUCUCUUAUUUCAUCUUACUCUCUCCCAAUUUCGUCGAUGAUGGCAAGCCGAGUUACUCGGUCAAGGAGACAACAACAGCAACAACAACCAUCUCAGCAGCAGAAACAGCAGGCAAGAGCUCGAUGGACGACAUUCCUGACCAGGACACUUGCAGACCUGUUGGUUGAACAGGUUCACAGAGGGAAUAGACGCAACAAUUCUUUCAACAGGAAAGCAUGGAAGUCUAUGUGUGAUGACUUCCAUAAGAAAACUGGUUUGAAAUGGGACAAGGAGCAAUUGAAGAAUCGAUAUGGGGUUUUGAGGAGGCAGUAUGUUCUUGUGAGGUCGCUUCUUGAUCGAAGUGAUUUCAGUUGGGAUGAAUCUACUGGGUAUAUAAUAGGCAAGGAUGAAGCUUGGGCUGAUUUUAUCAUGGGUCAUCCAGAUGCUGAAGCCAUAAAAACCAGUGGCUGCUUGAUUUACAAACAACUUUGUACGAUUUUGUCGGAGCCAACAACCAAUGGGAAGCAUGACUACUAUGCUGAAUUUGGCGGAGAGGUUCCUUCCUCCCACCCUUCUUUGGAACCAUUGAGCACAAUUCAAGAAGAGUCCUCAUCCGAGUCCGAGGAAGUAGAGGAUGUGGUAGAUGAUCCUGAUGCAGUUCAACCUCUUGCUUCUGGUAUAAUUAGUAGUCGCAAAAGGGGACGCAGGGGAAUUGAUGAUGCUAUCGCAGCUGCAAUAUUGGAGAUGGCAGCAGCUUCAAAGCUGAGGACAGCCGCUGUAAAGCAAUGUAAUGCUAGAUAUAGCAUAGCUAGUUGUAUAAAAGAAUUGGAUGGAAUGGAAGGUCUUGAAGAGCGUGUCUACUUUGCUGCACUGGAGUUACUCAACAAUCCUAAUGCUAGGGAAAUGUUCUUGUCUCUCAAACGAGACAAGCGCUUGACUUGGUUGAGUUGGAAGUGCAGAACUCCAUCCAACGGGCCAAAUUGAUAGAAGGCAAAAUUUAGUGUUUAUUAGAUCAGAAAGUAAUUCUUGUGUGUAUGACCACCAGUUACCAAUGGCGGACUGUUGAGAUUCACCGAAAGGAUUCCAGUAGCAUAGGAGACUUAUACUUGAAAUGAAGGUGAAUUUUAUUAUUUUGA